AUGGCACUCGGUGCAUCAAUACGAGGGUGGCAACAUUAUAGGCCCAUAAUUGUCGUUAACGGUACUUAUUUGAAUGGUCAUUACGGAGGUACCAUAUUCACAGCAUGUACACAGGAUGCAAAUAAUGGUAUAUUUGUUCUUGCUUUUGGAGUAGGUGAUAAUGAGAACGACAAAUCUUGGAGAUUGUUUUUGGAGAAACUGAAAAAUGCAUAUGGGUACAGAGAAGGAUUGUGUUUUGUAUCGAACCGUCAUGGCAGUAUAAAGAAAGCAAUAGAACAGGUGUAUUCGGAAAGUUGCCAUGAAGAAUUUGAAUACAACAUGCAACAACUGGACGCAAUGAAUGAUAAGAUUCGUGAUUACCUAGAUGAAGUAGGCCCUAAAAAGUGGUCACAAAUACAUAUGCCGGCAAACAGACACUCUACAAUGACAUCAAACAUUGUAGAAUCAGUAAACGCGGUCACAAAGGUAUCUCCUUCGAACCAAACAAUGUUCUCCGUGAGCGAUGAAAGGUCCACAUUUGUUGUUGACAUUGAGCAACGUACAUGCAUUUGCAGGAUGCUGCAGGUCGAUCUGAUGCCUUGUCCACAUGCAUUGGCUGUAAUCGUACUUACGAAAAGGGAUGUAUAUUCUUACUGUUCUUAUUAUUACACAAAUGAUGCAUAUGUAAAUGCUUACGAAAGUUCGGUAUAUCCUGUUGGAAAUCCAGACGAAUGGAGAGUGCCCGAUGAAGUAGAAUUUCAAAUUGUUUUAGCUCCUAACUAG